AUGGAGGGGUCGACAGUGAUCAGUUUCAAGGACGUCAUCGUGUUCUUUUCACCAGAAGAAUGGCAAGUGCUGAGUACUGAAGAAAAACAGCUCUACUGGGAGAUGUUGAAGGAAAACUACCAAUCUCUGGUCUUCAUUGGAUGCCCGGUCACCCCAAGCGAAAUCCUAGCCUGGUGUGAAAGUAACAAAUGCCAGGACCUCCAAGUGUUGCGGAGAUUGAUAGAAGACGCCUUUCCGGAGAUCUCUUCUAUAGAAAAAAUGGAGACAGACAGCCCUCUUGACGACACCUCUAGUGAAUUGGACACCUCCUUUAGCCAAGUCCAGGGGCCUCCUGGGCAGUCUUGCGUAUUGGCAAUGGAGCAAGGGAGCGUGCCCGAUUCUGGCGGAAACCUAUGUACAGAAACAAUGGAGCAGGCUUUAAGACACGCGAGGCUAGGGAACAUAUUAAGCCUAUGCUACGUGUGGCUUGAGCUUCUGCCUAUGCCCUUGGUGCCUGUUGUGGUGCCAGAAAAGUCUGCCAAGCUGCAGUCUCACUGGAUGACGACCCUGCCCCAGCGUGAUUUUGCCACGGACGCAGAACACCCUGCCCAGAAAAAAAUGCUAUUUGCAGGUGCCACUUGUGAUGAGAGCCCCUCAGGCUCGCGUGGGCAAGCUGUGGCCCCAGCUCCGGCACCGAGCACGAAUCCAUCCUCUCCCCCGGAAGUCCCGCCCGAGAAGAAAAAACUCUACUUUUGUGGUUGGUGCAAACAACCAUUCAAACUGAAGAUUAAUUUGGAAGUGCACUAUAGAUAUUGUCGUCAGAAGCAAAGGCGGCCGCUCAGUCCUGCCUUGAAAGAUAAAGCGGCUUCCGGCAGGCAGGAUGCAAGCGGGUCAAGCCGCACUGGGGACUCGGCGGGUUCUGCCCAACACCCGUCGUCCGAUGGUGGCAAGAGAUCCUCCGUGCAUUCCAGACUAGGCCAAGGAGUGGUAAAAAACAGAGUAUUUUUUGGUGCCGGCAGGGGUACCAGCAAGCGUUACUGCAGUUUGAUGGUGACAGUCUCUGCAAUGAAGAAGUUGAACCAGUGUUCGGGAUGCGGGGAAAAGUUUGUGUACAAGUGGCAGCUCAUGGCUCAUGUGCAAGGUUGCCAGAAAGACGGGGUCCCAAAGCCCCAGGACUUGUCCACAAAGGAGCUCCCAAAGCCCCAGGACUUGUCCACAAAGGGGCUCCCCAGCAGGGUCGGAACACAAGAGCCUUUCGACGACGACCUGGCUGAGCGUCCGAGCACUUCUAAAGACACGACGGUGUACCCCUACAACAUAUGCGGCAAGAUUUUAAACAAGGUAUCCACCCCACAAGAAUCCCACGAAGAAUACAACUAUAAGUGCCUCAAGUGUGGGAAGCUCUUCCACUUCCAGAGCGCAGCAAAAAGGCACCAAAAACAGCACAAGAAAAACAGAAGCAUCAUCUGUGCAAUAUGCGGAAAAAUAUUUGGUAGCGAUGAAUGUUUUUGCACGAUAGAAAGAAUCAAUGUCACUCCCGAUUUGGAGGAAGAGAAAUAA